AACCCCUAAUUCUCCCGCCGGCCGGUCACCGGCUGCUGUUCACACCUUCGUCGACGGGAACUUCUCUUCCUUCUUCAUCUUCGUCACCGGAUAACUCAAAUUUUCUCAUUUUUGGUAUCGGAAUCAGGAAAGUGAAGAAAAAAAAACCAAAAGUAGUACAUUAAUUUUGUAGUUUUGAAUCUCACUUUUGAAGCAAUGGAUGAAGAAAUGUCGAAUUCAGCGCGGAGAAUGUCUAUGCGAACUCGUAAAAUUGCUCCAAAAAUGGCUGCUGCUCUUGCCAGUUCUGAUAAUAGAACACAGGCCAUGCUAGCACGGCUUGAUGCUUUGGAAAGUGAUAAUGCAGUAGUGGAACCUCAACUGCUUGAUGAUGAUGAUGAAGCUUCUCUUGACGAUGAGGAUCAAGUAUUUCAUAAGAAAUACCCAAAAGGCACAAAGCGGAAAACUCGCCAAGCUAAGGCACUUGAGAACAAGAGAGCCCCCAAAUCAUUCCUUGAGCUCUUGAAUGAGGCAAACCUAGAGUCCUUGCCACCACAUGUGCCAACCUAUUUAAGAGCAGCAGUAGGACCUCCAAGUUCCAUUGCUCGCCGUCAUUUCUGCACAGUUUGUGGUUUCUCCUCGACCUAUACAUGUGUGCAGUGUGGGAUGCGCUUCUGCUCAAUCAAAUGCCGGACCAUUCAUAAUGAUACUCGAUGCUUGAAAUUUGUUGCUUGAUUGGUGAGAGUUGCAACCUAAAUAAAUUGGAUGGACAUGCUGAAGCUUUUUUCUCAUGUCCUGUAGCAUUUGCUAGUUUCAUGUUUAUACAGCGCUUAUGUACAUAUUCAGGUACUCUGACUAAUCUGGCUUUCUUUGGAAAUAUUGGACUGUGUCCUUUUUCUCCGAAGCAUAUUUGUUGUUACUCAAGCUCCUUCUAGGGUAAUGUUUUGUUCAGCUUUUA